AUGGAUCUUUCUUGGUGCAUUAUCUGUGAUAACCGUGUCGACGACGUAUUGAAUGAAUCUUCUCUCUACUGUUCUGAGUCCUGUCAACUUAAAGAUCAAAUGAAGAGUAUCACAAACCAAAUCGCUAUUAACCAACAACAACAGCAACAACAAAAGAAGCUUACUCUUAGCAAGUCCAACGCUUCCAUGUCCACUUUGUUGCGUACAAAGCGUCCAUCUGCUCCCUCUACUUCUUACCCCUGGGUUCCUUUGUAUCGCCGCCGUCGCGGUGUUGUUGUGUCCAAGCGCUGUCAACCUGUUGUAGCCAGUUCCCUUACAACUGCCAACGCCUUGUUCUCUUCCAAGUCCACCAUUGCUUAA